AUGGCUUUGGAAUUCGAGGCAACCACUAAGCGCGCCGGCAGGAAGGUCGCCUCCAUCGUGGGCAAGACGUGGCAGGGGAACAAGGACCUGACGUAUUACAAGAAGAACCUCAAGACCCCGGAUCUGUCGUUGCGCUUGGCUGCUUUCAAGGCUUUGGCGGUGAUGCUAUGA